UGGUGCGACCGAAGGGGAGGGAAGAUGGCGGCCGGCGGCAAGGCCUCCUCCGCCUCCUCCUCCUCCGCCUCGGCCUCGUCGUCGUCGUCGGGCACGGCGGCCUUCUCGGCGGCGUCGCCGUCCUCCUCGGGGCUGGAGGCCUCGCUGGACAGGAAGCUGCAGGCGGUGACCAACACCAUGGAGUCCAUCCAGGGCCUCUCCUCCUGGUGCCUGGAGAACAAGCGCCACCACGCCGCCAUCGCCCGCCGCUGGAUGCACUGGAUGCGCCGCUCUGCCUUUCCUCAUCGACUGAACCUCUUUUACUUGGCCAACGACGUCAUACAGAACUGCAAGAGAAAAAACGCCAUUGUGUUUCGUGACACGUUUGCCGAAGUGCUCCCUGAAGCUGCAGCUUUGGUGAAAGAUCCAUCUGUCUCCAAAUCUAUAGAAAGGAUUUUUAAAAUCUGGGAAGACAGAAAUGUGUAUCCCGAAGAAACCAUUGCACUUCUAAAAGAAGCUUUAAGUUCCACUUUCAAAACUCAGAAGCAGCAGAAAGAAACUCAGAGCAAACAAGCAACUAAGUCUUGGAAGAAAGCUCAAACCUCUACCAAUCCGAAAGCAGCUUUGAAGUCCAAGAUCGUGGCCGAAUUUCGACCGCAGUCCCUGGUGGAUGAACUGCUCUCCCACAAGCGUUCGGAAGACCAGAUCGAGCUGAAGGAGAAGCAGCUUUCCACCAUGAGGGUGGACGUUUGCAGCACCGAGACCCUGAAAUGCUUAAAAGACAAAACAGGAGGGAAGAAAUUCUCCAAGGAGUUUGAGGAAGCGAGCGCCAAGCUGGAAGAGUUCGUCAACAGCCUGGACAAGCAGGUGAAGAACGGCCCUUCCCUGACAGAAGCGCUGGAGAACGCGGGCAUCUUCUAUGAAGCUCAGUACAAGGAGGUCAAGGUGGUGGCCAACGCUUACAAAACCUUUGCCAACAGAGUGAACAACCUCAAGAAGAAACUGGAUCAGUUAAAGGCGACCCUUCCUGACCCGGAGGAGUCGCCCGUCCCCUCGCCCAGCAUGGAUGCGCCGUCCCCAACGGGCUCCGAGUCCCCUUUCCCAGGAAUGGGGGAGGAAGAUACCUCCCCUUUGCCGGGGGUGGCGAGGGAAAAGUCUCCGUCCCCAGAGCUUGCCACAGACAAUCGGGAUGUGGAGGACAUGGAACUCUCCGAUGUGGACGACGACGCCCCAAAAAUUAUUGUGGAAGAGCGAAAGGAGAAACCGGCUGCUUUGACCCCGGCUCCUGCCAAGAUGACUGACAGCACCCCCAAAGCUCCCCCGUUGACGGUGGCUGCAACAGCCGCAGCCACGGCCUCUGCACCCGCCCCGGCAGCUGCCCCCGUGCUGGCGCCAACCCCCAUCACUCCCCCGGCCUCCAAGCCGACGAGCCAGGCCCCGCUUCCCCCGUCACCUGCUCUCGCCUUGCCGAACCUGGCCAACGUGGACCUGGCCAAGAUCAGCUCCAUCCUCAGCAGUCUGACUUCCGUCAUGAAGAACACGGGGGUCAGUCCUGCUUCAAGACCUUCCCCCGGCACCCCGACGAGCCCCACAACUCUCAUGGGUGGCCUGAAGACUCCGGUUACGGGACCUCUGGUAGCUCCGCCCAACCCCUUGGCAAACAUCCUCUCCAAAGUGGAGAUCACCCCGGAGAGCAUCCUGUCCGUGCUCUCCAAGACGCAGGCUCAGGCUGCCCCGGGCUUGCAAGGUUUGUCCUCGUUUCUUCAGAGCGUUGCUGGAAAUUCAGGCCAGCCCAACGAGACGACACCCCAGAGCACAUCUCCAGCACCCGCAAACACAACCGCUCUUUCCGGGAAAGGAAGGAAUGUUUUGUCCAACACGCAGUCCUUUGUGCCCCAGAGUCUCGGUUAUUCUCCGAAUUCCUCCUCUUCGGCCGAGGUUUCUUCCACCUCAGUCAACAAGAUGCCCUCUGGACACAUCCCCGGGCUCUCGGGGGCUGGUUUCAAGCCUCCAGCCAAUUCCCUGGGGUUCGCCAGCUCACAGGCCACCAGCCCUUCCCUUCAGCCCGUUGAGAAUCCGACCCCUCAGUCUUCGGAGAUCUCCGAAACGAAGAUGGAGUCGGAGCCCACCUCGCCCAGCCUGGAGAUGAAGAUACACAACUUCCUGAAGGGGAAUCCGGGGUUCAGCGGCUUAAAUCUGAACAUCCCCAUUUUGAGUAGCUUGGGCUCUUCCAGCCUGCCCCCCGAAGGCCAUUCUUCAUCCCCAGAUUUCAACCGUGGGCCCACCAGCACUUCGAUGGACAGCAUAGACGGGACUCCAGUCCGUGACGAGCGGAGCGGGACGCCUACCCAGGACGAGAUGAUGGACAAGCCGUCCUCCAGCAACGUGGACACCGUGUCUCUGCUGUCGAAGAUCAUCAGCCCUGGCUCUUCGACUCCAAGCAGCACGAGGUCGCCUCUUCAGAGCCGGGACGACAGCUACCCCCAGGAGUACAGGUCUUUCGGCCUAAACCGGGAUUCUCCCGCCGGGAUGUAUAAGCAGCCCUCAGAUGGCGUCGAGCUGCCUUCCUCACUGAUGGACUCCCCGCAGGAGAAGUUCUACCCUGACACCUCCUUCCAGGAGGAUGAGGAUUACCGCGACUUUGAUUACCCGGGUCCUCCGCCGUCGGCCUUGGUGAACCUGGAGAAGCAGCCGGCUAAGUCCAUCCUUAAAUCGGGUAAGCUUUCCGACCCCUCAGAGUACCCGGCGGUCAUGUCGAGCUACCGCCAGAGGCCCUCGGGAUUUGGCCCGAAAGCGCCUUUUCCCCAGUCCGUAAGAUCUCUCCACGACCAGAGCGAAAACUGCGACCCUCUGCCCUCUCCGGGAAUGUACGGGAGCUACGGUUUGCGGGGAAACGACGCCGGCUCGGACGCCUCCCCGACGCCGAGCAAGAAUGACAUCUUCUUCCCGCCGGAUUCCAAUCACAGCGGCUUGCCCAAAUCCGUGCAGCACUCCGGCCUGCUGCAGAAGCAGUAUCCCGACUCCCCCCACCUGGUUUCCCAGAGGUCCCUUUUCUCCUCUCAAAACGCACUCGGGAGCCCCGCCAGCCGACUCCCGGCAUCCAAUACUGACAAAUCUGUCCUGUCGUCCAUCUCGGCCACGUCGACCAUCGAGUUCAAGAACAUGCUUAAGAAUGCCUCCCGGAAGCCCUCCGAGGAGGGCAAGCUCUUCGGCCAGGUCCCCAAAGGGAGUGCCAGCGACGGCCCCAGGCUCUCCCCAGGGGGGGAGCAGCAGAAGCAGCAGGAGGAGCAUUACCGGAUCGAGACCAGGGUGUCCUCCUCGUGCUUGGACCUGCCUGACAGCACGGAGGAGAAGGGGGCGCCCAUCGAGACGCUGGGCUACCACAGCGCCUCCAGCAGGGGGAUGUCCGGGGAGCCCAUCCAAACGGUGGAGUCCAUCCGAGUCCUCGGGAAGGGGAGCAGGGGACACGGGCGAGAGGCCUCCAGAACAGGCUGGUUUGAGAUGGGCAGCGCGGGGAGUACUUUCGAUCAUGGUCCUUCAGGCGCAGCAGAGGUGGCCGCCCUGGGGACCGGCGGCGGCACCGGCGGCGUGUCAAGCUUCCAGAGCCAGUACAAGGACCGCCUGGCGUCGUUCCAGGAGAGCGUCAGCAACUUCCGGGCCGGUGGCUUCGGUGCCCCCUUUGACCGCCAUGUGCCGCCGCCUCCCCUUGAGCACGGGGCUUCCUUCCCGAGGGACCAGAUUGGGCCACCCCCCUCAGGCCCUCAGCCUCUUCCACCCAAGGAUCUCAGCACCCUUUUCUCUAGGGAUCACUCGGUCCCCCCGCCACGGAUGCCGGCGGUGGAUCACGCCAGCCCCUUCUCAAAGGAGGUGUCCUCACCGCUGACGAUGCCUCAUGGGGUGCCUCCUCCCCCGCCCCCAUCCCUCGAACGCAGCGGGGUGCCGUUCCCCCCCCAGCCGCCCCCUCCUCUCCCAGUGGAACACGGCGGCGUCCCCCCAUUCUCCAGCCCUCCGCCCCCUCCCGGAGAUCUCGGCCUUCCAUUUCCAGCUCCUCCCCUCGCUUCUGAGCACGGGGCCGUCCACCAAGGAACGAUGAAAGAGCAUUUUGGUCUGCCGCCGGGCACCCCCCGGGAACCAGGAGCCCAACCUCCGUGCGACCACAGCGGUCAGCCCCUCGGCCGGGCUCGAGAAGGCUUGGGCCUAGCGGGCCUUUCCCGAGAUCCGCUGGGCGCGGCCCUCUCCAUGGGGUCCUCGGUCCCUGCUCAGCGAAAUGGCACAAACCGAGGCGGGCUGGGGGUCAGGAACCAGCGGCCGGAUUUUAGACCCCGGGAGUUCUUCCUAAACCGAGAUCCCUUUAAGCCUGAAAAGGCCUCGGCCCCCCUUUGCCCGGGGCCCCCCCUUCUUCGUACCAAAACGCCCCUUCUUCCCUCCCAGGUACUGAGUGAAGGUGUGUCCGAACUUUCUAGAUCAGCGCAAGUGGCACUUUCGCUCCCCUUUCGUUUCGAUUCCCUCCCCCCACCCCCGAAAGGGCCCUGCAGCUUUUUUGGGUUGUCACCGAAGGGAGGUUCCCUGCAGCAGUCUACUUUUUUUCCCCCUUCCAUUCGUUCCUUGGCUUUCUUUUCCUCAGUGAUGGGUCUCAGUAGAGGGGAGGGGAAGUGUGUGUUUCUGUUUUUCUUCCUGCAGAGUCAUUUUAAAGUUAAUCUUAAAAGUGGUUGUUGAAAUAAAAGCUUUCCAAAGUGACUAAAUUAAACUAAAAUGGGAUUUCUUUUUAAAAUUGGAGCUCCCGCAGAAGGAGAGUGGGAUUACAGCAAGGGUCCUGCCCUAUGAGCGUUCAGGAAGGGAGACGGACCCCCCGCCCUGCACCCGCCCUCCUGGUUCCGGCCUCAGUUUUCCUUGCCUCGCCUCGCCUCGCUGGUUCCGCUGUGCCGCCGCCGCCUCUGUUUCCCUCUUUUGCCCCCCCGCCAUCUUGGGCCGGGCCCAUCGCAGGAGGCUCUGCCCGUCUCUGCCUCAGCAGCUAAUCUUGUUUGUUUUUUGCAGUCUUUUAGGCUUUUAGCAGUUCUCGUGCACGUCUCAGAUCGCUGAGGACGAGAAAUCUGUGACGGACUCGCUUGGUUUGGCUGGGGUCCGGAGGCAGGAGAUCAGUGCGGAAGACGGGCAGGUAGCGAGACCCUCCUUGGCCUUUUUGGGGGGGGGCUUGUUGCUUCUGGGAGCUGAAGGCUUGCCCGAGGGAGGGGGCCGGGCCAGGCCUGUGGGGCGCAGCCACCUCGCCCUCCUCCCGAAAGCAGACUUUUCUUGCUUGGAGGCAACAGGCUCCGUUCCUCCUCCCCCUCCAGAAACAUUUGGGGGGGAUGCUUUCGGUGGGCUGGCUUCAGUCUUGAGGUUUGAAGUUGCUGACGGGAUGAAACUGGCUCCCCGUAAUCUCUCUCUCUCUCUCUCUGCACCCCGGUGGGACCAAGAGGCCGACUUCUCUGAAACUGCUGUGUGCAGACAGCAGGUCUUGUCAUCUCCAAAGGAAGGGGGUGUGCGCGUGUGUUUGUGUGGAAGGAAUGAACAUCCACCACCCAUUCCCCUCAGAGGCGGGCAGAUGAGUUGGCGUUGGCUUCCCACCGAAGCACCUGCUGCUUUGUUUUUUUAUAAAAGCUUCUCUCCCCACCCUUUUUGAUUUUCUUCCAUAAGUCUUUUUCUGAAAAACAAACCUGGAAUUCUCUUAAUAGCUUUUUUCCCCUCCUUUUAAUCAACAGGAACCUGGCGUGUUUU